CUGAUAGUGCAACGUUGAUACCGUUAAAGUAGCCCUAGUAUAGGAACAGUAUAGCUAAAUCAUACGGAGCUUAAACGGAUUGUCUUAUUCUGCGUUUGCCGUUUUUCAGGUUCUGCCAAGAUGUUGCAGAGUUGUUUGCAGUCGCACGACUGGUUCUGUGAAUCGGAGCCUUUACUCUUCGACGAAGAGUUCUGUCAAAGUCUUAUGAAGGACUUACAGUCAAUCCCCACGCCGCCUCAGUCGCCCCCAAUGAAGGCUGGUCUCGGCAAGUCUCUGUCGAAUGUUGACCAGUUGGAGUUGGUGUCGGAACUUCUGCUGGAGGACAGCGAUUUCCCACUGAAUUGGAAUAACGAUUUUUUCGACGCAAACGUUUGCGAUGCAGAUUCCAACAGUCAGAAAGAUCGACGGACAGAGGUCUCGGACGACUGUUUGUGGCAUUGUCUUACGGACAAACCAGGCGAGGAGAAGCUACCAUCCGUACUUUCCACCAGCCCGCUGCUCUCAGAAAUCGACCCCGACUUUUUUGAGGGGAUCGCUGUGUCCACGUUGGAUUGCCACAACGCGGCGCUGGCGUGCCAGGCACUGGAAAGCGAGGAUUUACUACCGGACAGCCAGGAACACAACGAAACCUCUUCGGACUACGGCUCGCUGUCUGCCGGUGGUGAAUCAUCAGCAAGCGAUUCGGAUGAUGAAAUAGACGUGGUUACUGUCAGGAGGCCGUCAGCUUUCACCCGCUCCCAGCAGCAACAGCAGCUAGAGGACAGCCGGCGGGAGCAGCAGCGGGCUCUCAAACGCUGCCAUCUGGAAAUCCAGCAACAGCAUAACUACGCCGCUCCUCGCCCCGCCUCACCGCCCCCGCCCGAACAGCCUGUGUAUAUCCCCCAGCACAAACGGCCACGUGGGGGCAGUGGAGGAGACGCCCACCGGCACCAGCCCGGCCGCUCGCGGAGCCUGGCCUCCCGACAGUGUGUGGACACAGAGGAUGAGGAGGAGAGGAGAAGAACGCACAAUGUGAUGGAGAGGCAGAGGAGAAAUGAGCUAAAAAACUGCUUUCUGAGACUAAGAGACAAUGUACCUGAACUGUCCAACAAUGACAAGGCUUCCAAAGUCAUCAUCCUGAAGAGAGCCAAAGAAAGCAUCCACAGCCUGGAGGCAGAAGAGCGCAGACUCAGCUCCAAGAAAGACAGACUGAAAGAGAAGCAGGAGGAGCUGAGAGCCAGACUGGAGCAGCUGAAGAGGCGGUGAUUCCGUGGCUGAGGAGUCUGUAAUAAGAUUGUGAAUGCCUGUGAAGACUUAAGUCGUUUGUUGUGGAUACUACACAAGCUGAGGACCUGUGUUAGUUAGUUAAGAUUGAAAGUUGAGUGCAUGUUCUGCACAAGACUACUUUUCAUGUCAUCCUACCCCUGCUAUG